UCAACUUUUAUUAUGACAGCAAUGACACCAACAGUCAAACAUUCAUAACAGACCAGUUAUAUCCAUCCAUGAAACAUUUUAAAAAUGUCUUAAAGUUAGAUUUAAUUCCAUUUGGAUUAAGUACUUAUAGAACAAAAGGAUCUUCAAUAUUCUUUAAUUGCAAUAACGUGGAUGAUAAAUGCUUUGAGAAUAAAUUACAUGCUUGUGCUAUUGAACAUGUUGAAAAAACCACAAUUCUCGACUUUAUCGCAUGCUUGAUGAACAAACCUGAUUACAACUCUUAUUUAGAAUUUACAAAGAAAUGUGCCAACAAAUUAAAAUUAAGAAAUUUUGAUAUAAUUGAAAAUUGUGCAAAUAGCACUGAAGGAUCUGAAUUGUUGAAAAGAAUGGGAAUCAAGACUCAUAAUUAUGACCAGCCAUUGCAGAAUGUACCAACAAUCACAAGAAAUAUGUCGGAUGAUCAAGAGUUUUCAGAUCGAGCUUAUUUAAAUUUUAUUGAAACUGUGUGUCUACACUUAACAGAACCAAUCUCAAAAGUGUGUAAAAGUAGUGAUGCCUCACAAGAAAAAAGCCAUAAGCUGGUUUAUGCCUUAAUUGUUGUAUUAAUAUUUGUGGUUGUGUUGGUGAUUGUAUAUUUAAUUUGGCGUUAUAAAUCAAGACUGAUUAGUUGGAGCAACAAUUGGAGCAGUUUAAGGACUUGUUGUUGUAAUCAUGCUCCUGGCUUUCCGCGGAAUGAUAAUGAACAAAGAGAUAGUAAUAUGGAUCAACACACAGAUACUGAAAUGGAGAAAUUGAACAGAAACGAACAACAUACUCAAGCAAUGAACGAUUCACAGCGGCCACUGACAAAUUAAAUUAAUUUUAAGUUCGAAAUGAUUUUUUGGAAUAAGUUAAACUUAAGUUCUAAGAAGCUUAAAAGUAGUUGUGAUAAAAGAAGGUUGAAUCUUAAAUUACAGUACUGAAAAACGAGGACCUUGAACUGUUUUGAGUUCAGUUCUAGGGUAUGAUUAAUUGAUCUUUGAGUGUCAUUUUGAUUCUUAACUUGGGUUUGAUAAUUAAGUUGUUGAGAACACCUACUCUUCUUGCCAAAGUUCUUGACUAUUAAGCAGCAAGAUCAAAUUUGCAACCAUCUAAUCUUGUUCCCACUCUUCCACCCACAUCAGCAACACCUUCUCUUAAGCUACCGUCAUCAAAACAGUGAAAUAGCAAAAAUCACGACACAUUAUUACACGGGUAAAUAGCAUCGCAUAACAAUCUUUCCUUCCUGCAGUGUGCAAAAUAAAGUGUAAAAUGUAAAGUUGAAUGAAGUGUGAACAGCAACACAUUUU